AUGGUGGAAUUGCAGAUGGAAGCUAUCCCUAAAGAUGAUUCUAUAUUAUCCGAGAGAAGGAGAGAACUCCACAAGGAAGUUGAAGUGGCUAAGAGGAAUCUGGCCCAACAGAAAAUCCUAUCAGAAGCUGAGUCCAAGUUAGUGGAACAACAACUUGCAGAAGAAAACAAGCUUUUAAAGGAGCAAGAAAACAUGCGAGAGCUUGUCUUCAACCUUGUCCGUAUGACUCAGAUCAAAAUUGAUGAGAAGGAGCAAAAAUCCAAGGAUUUCCUGAAAGCUCAGCAAAAAUAUACCAACAUUGUUAAGGAGAUCAAAGCAAAGGAUCUGGAAAUCAGAAUACACAAGAAGAAAAAACGUGAAAUUCAUCGGAGACUCAAAGAGUUUGCUAAACUGUAUGACACCAUCCGAAAUGAAAGAAACAAAUUUGUUAACUUACUUCACAAAGCUCACCAGAAAGUAAAUGAAAUAAAAGAAAGACAUAAGAUGUCAUUAAAUGAACUGGAAAUUUUAAGAAAUAGUGCAGUUACUCAAGAAAGAAAGUUACAAAAUUCCAUGCUGAAACAUGCCAACAAUGUCACUAUCCGAGAAAGCAUGCAAAAUGAUGUGUGCAAAAUUGUAGCAAAACUUCAGGAAAUGAAGGAGAAGAAGGAAACCCGGUUAAGUAACAUUGACAGACUUGCCACUAUGAUCACAACAAUUGAAGAGGAGAUGGUGCAGCUUCGCAAGAGAUACGAGAAAGCUGUUCAGCGUCGAAAUGAAAGUGGCGUUCAGCUGAUAGAACGGGAAGAGGAAGUGUGCAUCUUCUAUGAAAAAAUAAAUAUCCAAGAAAAGAUGAAGCUAAAUGGAGAAAUUGAAAUACAUGUCCUGGAAGAAAAGAUCCGGUUCCUGAAACUGAAGAUUGCUGAGAAACAAAGACAGAUUCACGUGACCCAGAAAUUACUGCCAACCAAGAGGGCCCUGGACGCCGACUUAGCAGUGCUCCAGAUUCAGUUUUCACAGUGUAUAGACAGAAUAAAAGACCUGGAGAAACGAUUUAUAAAUCCCGAGGAUGAGAACAGAAUCCGCUUCAUUCCAGGGAAAGAUAUGACCCAAGAACAAAUGAUCAAAAAAUUAGAUGUGCUGGAACUACAGCUGGCCAAGAAGGAGGAGAAGUUACUGGAAAAGGACUUCAUCUAUGAACAGGUGUCUCGGCUCACGGACAGGCUCUGCAGCAAAACUCAGGCCUACAAGCAGGACACACUGCUCUUAGCCAAGAAGAUGAAUGGCUACCGGAAAAAGAUCAAAGAUGCUACGGAACAAACAAUGGCUCUUGUUGCUGAGCUGUCCAUGAAACAAGCUCUGGCCAUUGAACUCCAGAAGGAAGUCAGGGAGAAAGAAGACUUCAUCUUCUCUUGCAGUUCCAGGAUAGAAAAGGGCCUGCCACUCAAUAAAAACAUUGAGAAGGAAUGGUUGAAGGUACUUCGAGAUGAAGAAAUGUAUGCCUUGGCCAUCGCUGAAAAGUCUCGGGAGUUCUUGGUAGCAGAUAACCACCAGCUGCCCAAUGGUGUUUACACAACUGCAGAGCCACGUCCCAAUGCCUACAUCCCAGAGGCCGAGGCCACUCUUCCUUUGCCCAAACCAUAUGGCGCAUUGGCUCCUUUCAAGCCCAGUGAACCGGGGGCCAAUAUGAGGCACAUAAGGAAACCUGUUACAAAGCCAAUUGAAAUCUGAGCAUGUGAACCAAUCUGGGCUUCUGAAGGAGACACUUUAACCAGGCUGCCUCAUAUGCCCAGCUGGAAAGUUCCAGUGUAAUAGCUCUAAAUUACAGACAAAUGCAGUAUCCACAAUCGACCAACAACGGAGAACAACAUGGCUUCCUUUUACACUCAUCAGCUAUUAUAUUUUACAUGAUGUUAAGUAGGACAUAGAAUUUUCCUACAAUUAUGUCAAAGCAUAUUUCUGUAUUGUUCAUUUUUUUCUUUUUCACUCUAUAUAUUGACUACCUUUCAGAAAUACAUAGUAGUCCAGGUGCUAUAAAAAUAAAUCAAUUUUCAAUGCAGUACAGAAAU